UAUUUUUUUUAGUGAAUAUCGAUAGUUUUUAAUCACUAUCGAUAGUAUCGGCAAAAUGUCAUCACUUACGCGUAUGUUGUGACGCUGCCACUUUUUCGGUAAGAGAAAUAAACAACAGCUAAGUAAUAAUUAUAUUUAAGUUGACGGUUCUACAAAUCAUGGAGAAGUUCCUGAAAAGAUCAAAAACAGACUCAGCCAGCAAAGAAAAUGUAAUUGAUAUUGGCAAUAUCAACAGUGGUAGUGAAUCUGAUAUUGGAUUUGAAAAAAUAAGAACAAGAAAGAUGUCAUCAGAAGCAUGGGCCUUUUUUGAAAAAACGAAAGAUGGAAAACAUGCUAAAUGUCGUGUAUGUUCCCAAACAUAUAAAACCAGCGGCAACACAUCAAACCUUUUCGACCAUCUCAAACGAGCUCACCCGACUUUCCGAGAAUUGCCAAAACCAGCAAAUACUAUCAAACCCUUUCUUAAAAACGUUGAAACGUAUGCAAAUACCUCGGAACGUAAACAAGCAAUUGACAGUGCCUUAAUGGGUAUGAUUGCUUCCGAUGUCCAGCCAUUCAGCAUUGUCAAUGACAAGGGUUUUCAGAAAUUUAUAAAAUGUUUAGACCCUCGCUACGAAUUGCCAUCUCGUAAUACUUUACAAAAUGUGCAUAUGGCAAAUUUGCACAAAAAAAUCAAAGAUAAAUUGCAAGAUAUUCUUAAUGAAGUCGAUUACUGCUCAAUUACUACGGACUGUUGGACAUCUCGUGCAAAUGAAGGUUAUUUAACCGUCACGUGUCACUUCAUCACGAAUGAAUUCACCUUACGUUCAGCUGUUUUAUCAACAAAAAAACUUCUAGUGGCCACCAAUCACGGUUCAGAUAAUAUUGCAUCUUCGUUGCGUGCUGUUUUCAACGAAUGGGGUAUUAUGGAGAAGGUCGUGUGCGUUGUUACAGAUAAUGACAGCACUAUGAUUAAAGCAUGUGAGCUGCUACAGAAACGUCAUCUUCCAUGCUAUGCGCACACAAUAAACCUUUUGGUUCAAGACUGUUUAAACCAAACAUUUAUAAAAGAAAAUGUUUUAGCAAAGUGUAAACGAAUCGUGACAUUUUUUAAGUCCAGCACAAUCGCAUAUCAAAAGUUUAAGGACAUACAAGCGACAGUUAAACCGUAUAGUCUGCUGCAGGAGGUGCCCACACGUUGGAAUAGCGCAUACAGGAUGAUUGAGAGAAUAUUGCUUACAAAUGACUUUAUUUCAACUGUACUAUUAGCAACAUCAAAAGCUCCAUCACCUCUGACUGCAGAUGAAAUUGACUUCUUGAAGGAUCUUAAAGAAAUUCUAUCGCCCUUUGAAAAUGCCACCGUACAGACGUCAUUGAGUUCAUCUGUAUCAGUUUCCUUAAUAAUACCAUUAACAUGUGGCCUCUUCCAAAGUCUUCAAGAGCUAAAAGGAAAAAUGAAGACACCAGAAGGACUCCAAGCGUGCCUAUUCUUAAUCGAGCGGAUAAAGAAGCGUUUAUUUCCUUAUGAGGACCGAACGGCAACAAGAUUAGGCACAUUAUUAGAUCCACGGUUUAAAAAAGAAGGAUUCCGAUCUGUGUUUAAUGCAGAUCAAGCAUCAAAAGUCCUAGAAAAUGAAAUGGCUGCUAUAUGUAAGGGGCAUUCUUCAACUGUAGAACCGUCAACUUCACAAAGCAUGAACAAUGAACCGCAACAGCCACUCCUUAAUUUUAUGAAAAGUAAAAUAGCUAACAAAGUAAGAACAAGCCGAGUUGAUGCAAUAGUCUAUACUCGACAGUAUUUUGAAAAUGAAAAUGCUCCGACAGAAAGUGAUCCACUGGAAUAUUGGAGAUAUAAUGCCAAUGACAUGUCUUCACUUAAAAUAUGUGCGACACGUUAUUUAUGUAUUCCAGCCACUUCAACCGAAUCGGAAAGGAUGUUCAGCAAAGCUGGCUUAAUAAUUUCAGACAGAAGAACUUGCCUAAAAUCCAAAAAUGUAGACAUUCUUCUUUUUUUAAACAAAAAUGACUGGAUUACCCAAUAAUUUUCACAUAGAAAAUAGUAUAUGCUUCGAUACCAAUAUUAGUGUUAAAGAACACAAUUUUUUCAAUUGUAUUGAAAUUGAAAAUCAACGUAUCUUUUUUGGAUUUCAAAAUUUUUAUUUAAAUAAGAUAGUCGUUCAAAAGUUUGUUUUUAUGUUCCAAAAAAUGUUUCAUUAAAGCGAUAAUGAAUUCAAAAAAUUUUAUUUUAAUUGGAACUUAAAAAAAUUUAAAUUAAUAUUUAAAAAUAUUUAUUUUUAAUAGAACGUAUUUUAAUUUUAAAUGUAAUUUUAUGGAUUCGCCUUAAAGCACUAUAUAUAGUUCAUUCAAUGAUCUCAUGAAUUUACUAAGUCAUUGCUAUUAGCGCUUUUGUUUUUUCCUUUUUAUAUUCUUGAAUAAAAAUGUUAUUUUGUUGUUUAAAAUAUAUUGGUAAUUUGUUCUUCAGGAAAAAUAAUACUGAUUUGUAGAUAAUCAGUAAACAUGAUUUAAUCAUAUAGCCUUCUCGGCCAACUUUAACCGGUCCUAUACCGUUGCAUUAUAUGACUAAGUAUUGGUGAUUGUAACAUCUGAAAGAAUGUUACGAAUUCGAAUCUGUCCAUCUGUUUCUUGUAUGUCUUACAAAAUAUCCCUCCCCAUAUUAGGCUCGCCUCUAUACAAAAUAUCCCUCCCAAUAUUAGGCUCCGGGGCUCGAAAAACUCCAUAUGACUUUAGAUACUAGUCGAAUUCGUCAUGCUGCACUAACCAGGCGAGAAAUGCAAUAUUCAGUCCAAUUAUGAAUAAAAAUUCCUAAUGAAAAAAAUUAUUUGAAAAAUUGAGUUGGAAAAUUGGAAAUUGAAUUGGUGAAUUGUUCUUGAGGAUUUUUUAAAGGGAGAAAUUUUUAUUCAUAAUUGCGCUGGUUACAUAUCCGAUACUAUCGAUAGUAUCGAUAGUUUUACAACAAACUAUCGAAACUAUUGAAUGGGACGAAUAUCGAUAGUUUGACA